UUUCAAACAAAUCUUGGUUGGCUUGCUUUUUCUAUUUUUCGAGGAAAAAAUCAACUUAAACCAUGGUUAAGACACGGAUAAAUAUCCAUAUGGAUAAUUUCGACGAGCACACAAAGGACAUUUUGAAGGAUGUUUACGAAAACUCGCUGAACUGCGAUGUAAUAUUGCGCGUUGGUGAUAGGAAAUUUCCCACGCAUAAAGCUGUGCUCGCUUUUGGAAGUGACUUUUUGAAAGAAAUCAUCGAAGAAAAUACAGCUCUUCAACCCGGACAAACUCCAACAAUUAGUAUUCCAGAAGUAGAUCCCGAUAUCGUUGAGGAAAUUCUCAAUUUUAUAUACACAGGAGAAACUCGAUUGAAAGAAGAGCGUUUUAUGGAAUUCGUCGAUGUUUGUAAUCUUUUGAAAUUGAAAAGCAUGGCGAAUUACGAGUAUGUUAAAUACAUAAGUUUUCCUGAGGAAAACGCAACAACGAGUGAACCUGCUGACGUCGAAAAUAAUUAUAUUGAGAACGUUACGAUAAUUGGGAAUGAUUAUGCGGAAAUAGUCAAGUCUGUAACGCAAGAAGAAUCUGUCGCAGAAGAAAGUGAAAUGUUAUGCGAUUCAAAUCCGUUAAGCGAUCACGCAAAUUAUGAAGUAAUUGAGGUAAUUGAACAACAAACGACAGAAGACGAUAGCAAAGUCGAGCAUAAACUCGAGCCAGGAGCAAAACGAAAGCGCGUUUCAACACAUUUGCGCGAAGGCGAUCCGCGUUACAAAGAAAAUUUAGAAGCUGCGAUGCAUGAAGUGAUCUAUAACAAGGUGAGCUUUAAGACAGCAGCUGAAAAGUACCAAUUAUCUAAAACAAUUCUAUGGCGUUUGUGUCAACAAUCUCCCGAAUAUCAAUUACAGAAAGAUAAUCCAGGCAAUCAGGAAUUGAAUCAAACGAUUUUAGACGAAUUGACAAGCGGCGAAACACUAUUAGGCAUCAGUCGAAAGUACAAUAUUCCGGUAUCUACGUUACACAGGCGCAAGACAAUGUUGUUUGAAAAGGGAGAUUUGCCGGAGAGUGUUCGAAUUAAACAGAGAAAUCGUGGCGAAGAUUUUGCCGAGAGACUUGAACAGGCAAUUGCCGAAGUCGAAAAUGGACUUUCACAGACAGAAGCGAGCAAAAAAUAUCGAAUUCCGAAAACGACAAUAUGGCGACGACUGAAACGAACAAAUCCUCGUUUGGCAAGUGCAAAGGCUGAUCAAAGCGUUGACGAAUCCUAUGAAAUCAUAAACACGACAAUUAAAACGGAAGAUUUCAAAGUCGUUAACCCCGAUGAAUCAUAAAAAUUUAAGAUAAAAAAAUUAGACUUAAGGAUGUAUGUGUGUUUAGUUUUUUUCCUGUAAUAAAAAUAUUUGAA